CCUGUCUGACCUUGGCGGUCGUUCCCUUGUUGUUGCUAAAUAUUUAAAACAUUGUUCGUAAAAAUGAGUACAAAUUGUAGGCAAGGGAAAGUUGAGGUUAGUGAUCACUCGCUAUUAUCUGAAUUUAAUCAAGAUGUUUGUCUUCAGCUUAUUAAUGGUAAGAAGGUCGGAAAGGAUUCUCAAGACCAUAGUCAUAGUAUUUUGAGUAAUUAUUUCACUGAAGAAAUAACUUCGGACGAUCCAUUCGGUUCUGUUUGUGACUCAAUUCCUAAUGAAUUGCCCAAAUCACCUAGCAAUACUAAUCUAUCAAAGUGCUCUCAGUUGGAUCUUAAACAAGAUGUAACGAGUUUGAACCGUCUAAGACAACGAGAUGCCUGGUUGCCUUCUGAAUCUACUCAAAAAGCAUUAUCGAGUCCAAGUCCCGAAAACAAGUUAGUUGAGAUAAAACCUAUUCUCAUGGGCAAAGAUUAUGAGAUUGGCGGUAGUGGUGGCACUUCUGCUUUUGAUCCAUUCCAUGAUUUGUUGGCUCAGUAUACGGGUGAUGAACCAAACGUUAAUGCAAUCCAACGGGUUCCAUCUAUUGAACUGGGGAGUCAAAGUGGUGAUGAUCUCAAAAAAUUAAUUAACAAUGGAUGGUAUACUUAUGCACUGAAUCUUACUUAUCGUAUUCUUUCAGCUGCUGGUUUUAAAAAUGACGAAAGUGAAGCCGUUUUAUCGCCAUAUACUGCUCAGAUUUGGUUGUGUCGAUUGGCCUUAUUAGUUCGUACGCAGAAUUAUAAAUUGGCUGAACAUGAAUUUGCUACUUUUCAUAACAUGGAAGCACCGAAUUUCUAUUUUGAAUAUUCUCCCCAAAGAUAUCCUGGACGGACAGGUUCUAUCAUUCCAUUUUCUUUAAGACUACUUCAUGCUGAAUUACCAUUUCAUUUAAAUCGUACAAAUGAAGCAUUAGAUCGUCUAUAUUACUUACUAGCUAUUAUUGGUCGAAUUCAAAGUAAUUUAGAGAAAGGCUUUAGAGAAGAUGGUUCGAUAAGUGAACCAGAUCUUGUUUACCGACAAGCCUCAUUAAAUUUAUGGACUGCUCGUAAAAUUCGGGUGCUUUCCAGCUGUUUAUCAAUAUUUCUACAUAAGUUAGAUUAUCAAUCAGCACUAAAUAUAGUACGUCAAUUAACACAUCUAUGCAGUGAUAAUCAGGUUGUGCUUAGAGGAUUCUGUAGUUUACUUGGUCGUGUUCAUUUGCAGUUUGGGGAUUUGCAAACGGCUAAAACACUUUUCGACAGAUCGUUACCUAAUGCAGAAUUUCCAUUGGACUAUAAACUUCAAUUACUGAUUCUACAGAAUUUUCAUAAAUUUAAUAUUCUCCGGAUCACAUCAUUUUUCGUUACGAUUGAUUGGUAGGAAAGUUACGUUUAUCUUGUUUUAGUUUAGAACCAUAAUCUUUAAUAUGUAAGAGUACCAUAUCCAGUCGGUUAAAUAAUUCUUCUGCGAUUGUACCAAAAAUUAUAAUAUCAUUCUCGUAAGCUAAGAUACCUGAUAUAUCUGUAUGCAUUACAUCCACAAUUCGCUGAAACGUGCCGUGGUCUCACUUUACUUCAAAUGGAAGGCGAGCAUAAUGACAUAGACCUCAAUGUGCAUUAAUUGUAUUUGAUUUUCAAGAUGAUUCACCUCCCUCAAUCUAUAGAUAUGUAUCAGCUAGGUCAAUCUUCCCAAAGGAUCUGCCUCAGUUCACGUUAAAAAUCCUCUAGGACUUCUGUUGAAACUACACAGUUGUAAACAUUCGAUAUGCGGGUUGUAAAAGGAAAUACAAUUAAGCAUUUUUAUAAAAUUCAUGAACAUGCACAUGUAUCUACCAAUUAGAACCACAGUUAAUUGGAUAACACUAGACUGAUUAAAUGAAAUAACGAUUCGGCUAACCUAAUUAUACAACAGUACUGUUUAUGACCCAUUACAUGAAAAGUUUGAACUUUCCUAUUCGCUACUUUUUACGACAACAUGCGUGUCAAACUUAACGUAGUAAAUGAUUUAGAAUAUAAAGUAUGCAUAUCCAGAUAAAAAUUUACAAUUUAAGCGUGCGUUGCAAAAUCUUGUUAUAGUUUUGUAUUUGAAAGUCUAUUGGUUUGAUGGUUCUUUGUUAUUCUAAUAUUUAUACCAGUCUGUAUCAUUUCUUAAUUCAUUAUCACUCAGUAUUGUCCAUCCAGAUCUCAACUUUUCAGUCCUCUACCAAGAUUGUGAAGUUUAUCCUCAGCCGUUUUCUGUACGAGUAACUUAAGGCUCAUAAAACUAAUGUUUACUAUCUUUGCUAUCAUCAGUGGAAGCGUAACGUUGCACGAAAUUCAUUAUUUUUUUCUCGUUUUGUUUCAUGACAGGCAUCGAUAAUCCAGGUUCCUAGGAUUUCUUAUUCUAUCCUCACUUUUUGUGCUUCUUUGGAGAUUAUUAGUACAACCAGCUAUAUGUGUAGCACGUUUUUUCUUCUUUACUAUAAUACAGCUUCAUCUCUCAUCACGGCACUUAUCUCUGUACAGAUUAUGCCCAAUAGGUUUCACUUAUUCUAAGGAGAGUCAAUUUCUAUUUCAUGAUUUCCGUCACUGUUUGGGUGAUCAUUACGGUCUUCCACACUGUUAUUAUAUUUUUAUCUGUAUGUUUAUUGUUGACCUGGUUAUUAAAAAAGCCGUCGGUCCAUUAGUUUCCGAAGAGUCUCAGCUUUUACCCUAAGACGUCAUAAUUCUUCUAUGUGAAUACUCUUCAGGGUUAAGUUUAAUUGGCUUACAUAUUUUUCUGAUUAGCUUCCCUAUAGUGGGAUUCUGGUUUACCAAGUGAGAUUUCUAACUUAACAUCCAUCACUUUUCAUUUAUUCAGACUUUGAAUCAUGAAUAACCCUUGAGGGGCUCCAGGCGAUGUUAAUUUGUACUUUAGGUAAUUGCUGUAAAGUUUAUAUUUCUCUUCGUUAAAUAGCCAUACAAUAGUGGUAUAUAUUUAUUUUUUAGCGCGUUGUUAUCGAUUGGUAAAGGGGAAUAUGAAGAAGCGAGAAAGUCCUUUAAAACUGUUCUACAAUUAGAUCCUACAAAUGUGGCAGCGGCCAAUAAUUUAGCUAUUUGUUCUUUAUAUGUUGGACGACUAUCAGAAUCAAUUGAAGUGUUGGAGGAUCUAACAACAACUGGACUAACUAGUCAACCAAUAAACAAUUUAGACGUUAUUACAACAACUGCUUUAACUACAGGAUUUUCUACAUCAUUCAUGUUCAAUGCACGAUGUCGUCGUUUUUGUCUACAUGAUGUAAUGAUUUCAAAUUUGGCUGUAUUAUAUGAGGUAGAAUCAGAUCUUGCCACAUUGAAAAAAGUUGACUUACUGAAAAAGUUGAUUGAAAUAUCUGGCGAACCAGUGCACAUAUCAUCCUUUAAAUUAUCUAUGAAACAAUAAUUACUGUGUAAUAUUAACAAAUAUUUUUCAUUCUUAAACACUUGAAUAAAAAAGAACAUUUAUUUGAUUGAUGCCUAUAAAAACUUACUGUUAAAACUAACCUCAUAUUAGAACAUAAUAAUUCACUGCUUUGGUUUUACUUGCUUACACCUGUUACUCGUGGAGGAGCAUAGGCCGCUCAGCAGCAUUCUCUAUCCAACUCUUUCCUGGGUAAUCCUUCCCAGUAGCUAUUCGUUCUUUAGAUGUACGGUGAGGUAUAUUCAGUGAUUUUUGUAACGACAAAAUAAAAACCGCACUUUUUCUCUAAUUUGUCACACCUUAUAUGUCACCACAUUUUUAUUCAAUAUGUUGUUUUUCUGUAUCACUUGUUUAAAAAUGAUGAUAAUUGUUUCGAUAAAAUAUAUACGAAUUUACUACCACCUUGCUCGAAAUAUAAAAGCGCUACCUACGCCGUC